CCAAUAUAAAUAUAAGUUAUUAUAGCAAAAAUAUGUUUAAGUCUUCUCUAUACAAAAUUGUCUAUAAUAAUUGCAAAAGGCUAAAGGUUUCAAAAUUUUAUUCAGAUAGCUGCAUGUUUGAAAUUGAUACAACUUAUUACUGUAACAAAGAUAACGAAAAAGAAAUAAAACAUAAUAUUGAAAUAAGGAAAGGUGUAGGAAAUAUUCGCAAAGUUUUAGAGGUAUAUGAAGAGCUAAAAGAUGUUAAAAUUUCUGAUAAAAAAUACCAACCUCUACGUGAGCAAUUGCACUUUGAACUAGAGAAACUUCCGAACAAAACUCAUCCACUCGUAACAGGUUACAAAGAAGAUCCUGUUGUCAUCCAUACAAUAAAUUCAAAAAGAACAUUUUCUAAGGAACCGUUCGAAUUUAGUGAAAUUACCGAAAAACUUAAUAUUAUGAGAACAGAUAAACUUGGUAUCACAUGUGGAAAUAGAAGUUACUGUUACUUAGGAGAGCUAGCUGAAGUUGAAGAAGCUUUAAUUAAAUAUACAGUUUCAAAAUUAUUAAAGAAAAAUUACCUUUUAAUAUCUGUUCCUGAUAUUUUACCUCAUGCUGUCUUAAAAGGCUGUGGCAUGUCACCAAAUAGUAAUAGGACACAGAUAUAUGCCUUGGACCCUACUCUCCAUGGUCCCGAUUUAUAUUUAUCUGGUACUGCUGAAAUGUCAUUAGCUGGCUUGCUUAUGAACAGUAUCCAUGAAAUAAAAAAAUUACCAUUGAAACUUGCGGCCGUCAGCAGAUGCUACCGUGCAGAAACAUCAAGCGUUGUUGAGGAACGUGGAACAUACAGGGUGCAUCAAUUUACUAAGGUGGAGAUGUUCACUGUUACAACUCCAGAUCACUCUGACCAAAUGUUAGAAGAAGUGAGGAAAACUCAAGAAGAAUUGUUCACCGAAUUGGGGCUCUACAUGCGAGUUUUAGACAUGCCACCUCAUGAGCUAGGUGCUCCAGCGUACAGGAAAUACGACAUUGAAGCCUGGAUGCCGGGAAGAAAAAACUUUGGAGAAAUAUCUAGUUGCAGUAAUUGCACAGACUAUCAAUCAAGGAGACUUAAUAUAAAAUAUAUAGAUGGAAAUACGAAGAGUUUUGUGCACACUUUAAAUGGCACAGCUUGUGCUAUACCCAGAAUGUUGAUAGCUCUAGUAGAGACACAUCAAGACACCAAAGGUAUGGCAAGAAUUGCCAUACCAAAAGUUUUACAACCAUAUUUAAAUGGUAAAGAGUACAUAGGUAAAAACAAAUCUAUACCAAAGUUGAAAAUAUUGAAGUUGAAAAAAUAGAAAUAUAUCAUGUUCUUCUAAU